AAAGAUUGUGUUUAGCACUAGAGAACAAACCCACAUCUGCGCCUGCGGUCCAAAAGCCUCCUCUUCAAAUACACCCAACAUACCCAAUUCACCAUUUUAACUUCACCUUCUUUGUUUAAUCAAUGCUUCACACUAGUUUUCACAGUAACAACACCAUUGAGCAACUGCAAAAUGAUAUCUUUCAUGCAAAUACGAACCCCAAACCCAAAGCUUUCCUUUCUUUCAAGAACAUCAAGAAUACCCCUUUAUCGGAUUGAACUGUCGUUUCCUCAGAAGGUUUUCUUUUGCCAAGCGAAGUAUUCUGAAUCUGAGAUAGACGGAUCUUUUAACUUAAGGGUGGUUUCCCCAACCCUUGUAGCUGCUGAAAAGGAAGAAGCAAAGGCUGUCUUGACCUUGUUUCUGAAGAAACAAGGUUUAAGCAACGCUCUUGCAGCAAGAGCUAUCAACAGAUCAGAAUCCUUUAUUGAUCACCUUGUCUCUCGGCUGCAUUCUGUUCACAAGUCUCGCUACCUCGUAGGACGAGAACUAACAACUCUUGAGAUUAGGGAUGCUCUAAUCCCAUACCUUGAGGCUCUCCACGAGGAAUAUGGAAGCAUUCUGGUGGACGUUGUGGAGAGCUUCCCGAACCCACCUGUUGUGGAGAAAAUAGAAGAAGCUGUAGUUGAAAAAGUACCUCUUCCUGUUACACCAGCUUCACCUCCUAGUGCUGUCCUCGACUCCAAGAAGCUGAAGGCUCUGGCACGAGUGACUGACGUAGGACCCAAUGGAAAGUUUCCCCCUCAUAUUUUGUACCUUGUUGACCUAGGCAUGGACAUUGAAACGAUUAGAGUAAUCACACGCAAGUUCCCCGCUUUUGCCUACUAUAGUCUUGAGGGAAAAAUCAAACCAGUAGUUGAAUUUCUCCUUGAUCUUGGAGUGCCAAGAUCGCAGAUCCCAACCAUUCUCACUAAAAGGCCUCAACUUUGUGGAAUUAGUCUCUCAGAGAAUUUAAUUCCAACAAUGGCAUUUUUGGAAGAAUUGGGGGUUGAUAAAGAACAGUGGGCUAAAGUAAUCUACCGUUUUCCCGCACUUCUCACUUACAGUAGACCUAAAUUGAGAGCAACAGUGGACUUCCUUUAUGAAAUGGGUCUAUCUGCUGAGAGUGUGAGCAAAGUUCUAACCAGAUGUCCAAACAUCAUAAGUUAUAGCGUGGAGGACAAGCUACGACCUGCAACUGAGUAUUUCCGUUCAAUGGGAGUGGAUGUUGGAGUUCUUCUUUACCGAUGCCCUCAAACUUUUGGUCUUAGUAUUGAGGCUAACAUUAAACCUGUCACCGAAUUCUUCAAGGAUAAGGGAUUCAGUAUGGUGGAAGUUUCCACAAUGGUGUCAAGAUACGGUGCUCUAUAUACUUUUAGCUUGGCUAAGUUGGUACUAAAAUGGAAGUUCUUUUUGACCAUGGAUUAUCCAAAAGCAGAACUGGUCAAGUUUCCUCAGUAUUUUGGUUAUAGUUUAGAAGAGAGAAUCAAGCCCCGUUUUGCUAUUAUGACUGAUAAAGGUGUAAGGUUGUUACUGAACCAGUUGUUGUCACUGUCAGAGGAUUCUUUCAAUAAGGCUUUGAAGAGAAAAUUGAAGAAAUUAUUAGAUAAUUAGCCACAGGCGAAGUCUCUGUGGAGAUUUUAGCAUUUAAAUUUCAAGUACAUUUGAGCCAAAAGUCAUGGUUUUUACUAGGUGUGAGGAUAACAGUGUUCCUAUUAUGUUUCUACAAAGUUGUCUCAAUGGAUGCUAGGGCAAUUUGUUUCCUCUCCUCUUGAGGAAUCUUAUUAGUCAGUAGACAUCUCCUAUGACUGAUGUACAACUACUGUAUAGACUAAAGUAAUCGGAAAUAUUGGUAGAAUAGCUUUUAGGCGAUGUAUUUUAUCUGUAUUUUGUACUCGAGGUUCGUGGUGAUUAUAGGCCUUUAGAAUAUGAUCCAAGUUUUGUUGACAGAAUUUAUUUGUAGUCAUCCAGGUUCUUUAGCAAAGUGAUUAAGUGAUUUCUCAGUCUUGGGAGAUCAGCACUAUUUGUGAGGACAUAUGGCUUUCAACAGAUACUUUGCAUAAGCUCUGUAUUCAUUAUUCUUAGACAAUGGAACACCUCAUAACUGUUUAGUGCA